AUGAAGCAGUUAAUACUGUUUUUGCCCUUACUCUGUGGCGCAUAUGGGGCAUGGACGAGUGGACUUCGAGUCAAGUUCGACAUCGGUUUAUGGCCUGGAACGGACUUCUUCUUCGAGUUACCCCGCACUGUAGAUGACGCAACCGCCGAAAACUGGACUUUGACGGAACGGCCGUCAGGACCUUUGUCUAGUCUCGUCAUGUACUGCCCGGGAGAACGGAUUGUGUGCACGAUGUUUGACGUGGACGGAAACAUUGCUGGUCUGCAAAUAGCCAUCCCGCAAGAUGAGAUCACUGGCUCCACAAUGGACUGGCCCACUCAAGGAUGGACCGAAUGGACAACCAAUACUUCUUCGGGAGUCACUACAACUUUCUGGACUAUUCAACAAUACUUCGUCUCUGAAGAGACUUUUAAGAUGAGCAAGGAAGAACGCAUUAAGGCCUUUGAACGUUCACCAGACGUAUUGCGUGAAAAUGCCGUCUGGGUGACAGGCUUCGACGGAGAGCUAAUGUAUAUCUCCAAAAAUGCUACUGACGUCGCAGACAGCUUAUUCACACGUCAAGCCUGUAUUCCUUGGAUGGGUCGUCACUAUUAUUACAAUAUGACGUCGGAGACUACCUGCACAUCGAGCACUCUCCUCCCGUGGUUCCCAAUUGUACACUCUGGUGAAUUGAUCGCCACGGGCCUCAUCGCGCACGGCAGCCUGCCAAUAAAAAGCGACGAGAGGGAUUGGUUCGAAAGACCUGCAAAGUUGGCUGUUCAGGCUAUCGUGCCCGACGGUCCAGAAUGCCUGUACGACCUGGCUGAGGACCCUGGUAUCGUGACCUUGCACAUCUAUUACGUUGAAAACCCCUGGUACAUCGGUUGUUUGACAAAUUGA